AUGGAAACACAUCCUGAUCUUAAGCCAUCACAUCCUGCCGAAGCCUCAAAACCUAAACCAAAAUCAAACGCCGAUGCGGUCCGGCCAGCUCCGGCGUCCAGUGCGAUUCCAAGGAACGCAGUAAAUGCUAGUAUUGUGGGAACCGGAAACAAUGUUACUCCAGCAGCAACCUCUUCAACAGCUUCGUUGCAAAAAUGGGCACCACGGAGGUUCGGAGAUCAAGUGAUCUCCGUCGCUAAGAAGGGGGAAAAAGUUCCACAUACAAAUGAAAAGUUGAAACAACUUUCCGAAGCUUCUUCUUCUAGUUUUUCGAAGCCAACACCAGUUUUAGGACAGCAGAAUGAGAAGGGGAAAAAAGUUCCACAUACAAAUGAGAAGUUGAAAGAACUUUCCGAAGCUUCUUCUUCUAGUUCUUUGAAGCAAACACAAGGUUUAGGACAGCUGAAUGAGACGGGGAAAAGAAUUCCACAGCCAGCUAAAAAGAUUAAAGAAAUUUCAGGAGCUUCUUCUUCCAAUUCUCCCACGCGGACACAAGUUUCAAGAGACUUGAAAGAGAAGAAGGAAAUAAGAAGUCAAGAGGCGAAUGAGAAGUGGAAAAAACUCCCUGAAGCAGUGAAAUAUCUUAGAAAUUUUCUGCAGAAGAACGUACCGAUGGAUGAGAUCAAGGGUAUAGUUGAUAUAGAAGAGCUAAAAAGUCUACACAAUGACCUCGCUCGUUAUCUGGAACAGGAACCGGAGCUAGGCAACGCUUUUGCCACCGUAGAAGUUUCAUCUGAAAGUGAUAAAUGUGAUCCCCAACAGCCACUGCAGAUAGGCCAAAAUCUAGAGCUCCUACCAGAUAAAAAACUUAGCGACGGUAAAAACCAGGACAACAAUAUUUUAUGGGGUACUUAUAAAGUACCGACUGCAGUGAAACGCAUUCGCAAAGCUGAUUACGACAUGAAUGCUGAGAAGAUUCAGAUUCUGAUAAAAGAUUUAAAAUACCAUCCAAAUUUAGUGAGAUGUUUUGGCGUUACAUCUGAUAAAGUGUGGUCUUAUGUUGCUAUGGAGACAGCGUACUACUUGGAUGAAACAUCAUUCAACUUGGAUGAACUAGUUCAACUAGCAAAUUCCAAUCAUGUUGUGACAAAUGACAGAUUGAAUGUAGUGAAGAAGAUUGUCGGAAAAUUUGAACUCAUUCCGAAAAAUGGGAGUCCAAUUCCUGAUUUGUUGCGGACAGUGAUGAGGGAAGUGCUUUCCGGGCUAGUGCACUUACAUGAUACAUUGGGCAUAAGUCACGGAGACUUAAAGCCUCAAAACAUUCGAAUAAUUAAGGAAGGAUCACUCUGGCAUGUAAAGCUUUCUGACAUGGGCAUUAAAACUGGUAGUGGCACUUUGGAUAGGCAAGCAUGUCGUGAUCACGGGAACCAUAUAUGGGUUGAUGAUAUGCACGCUUACGGUCGAAUUUUAUGUUAUUGCAUCACUGGUAUUUCUGAAUUUGGUGAUUGCAAAACAAUAACAAAGAAGAGGGACUCAUUGUUGGAGAAUAAUCCUGAAGCUCGUCAUCUUUUCCUUUGUUUAACAAGCACGAAUCCUACAGAACGUCUAACAGCGAAGGAGGCACUGCGCUAUCUACCGUUUUCGGAUCCGAAGGAGAAACUUUUAUUUCUUCUUAACACUUGCAAAAAAGUAUAUGAUUUUGGAGACAGAGAUCUUCGCAAUGAGCUAGAAACUAUUUCAUCGAAAGUUAUAGUAGGAAAAUGGAAGGGAGAGGAUGUUCGAGAAUGGAACGAGAGGAUUGACGCAGAUAUAAUCAAUUAUGCAAUUGAACAAUUGAAAAAGUACAGUCCAGAUAGUACUUAUAAAUACGACAGCCUUCCAGAAUUAUUGCGGUUAAUUCGAAACACCUAUAAUCAUUAUGGAAGGUGUCCACCAAAAAUUAAGAAACUCAUAGGAUCAUUGGAAGAAGGUUUGUACAACUACUUUGAAAGUAGAUUUCCAAAUCUCUUAAUUGAAGUGUACAUAGGUCUCCAGCGAGUAAAGAAUUCGAUUCUCGUUGAGCAUAGGCCCAUCUGUAUGUCCCGAUUCUUCGGAACGACGUAUAACAAGAUUGCGAAGAUUGUUCAACUUGCUGAGAUCUCGUACCUGAAACUUGUCACUAUUGUGGCUGAUACCAAAUUCCCAAGACAACAUCCAGGGGAUUCCCAAUCUGCCAAUUUCUUUAGGAAAACCCUCGAAGCUUCUGGAUCACUGCAAGAGCGCAAAAUCAAAGUUUGCAGGUUAUACAAAUUGCCGAUUGUACUGGGCAAGACACUUGUCAAGUGA